GGAAGUGAACUCGUGUGAGAAUCAAAACACAUGUGGUGAACAGUUUUUCUGCAGUUAGAAAGUGUAGGAUUUCCCACCGUUUUCUUCGUGAAGUCGGCGAAAACAUGAAUAUGGACGAAGCGCUUGUUCGAGCCACCAUUCCUCAGGAUCUGGUGAAGGUUCUUUGUGUUGAGUCUCGGACCAGAUAUAAAGCCGAGGCCUUCACCCAGGCGUUCCUGAAGAACAGCAUUAAACCGAACUCGCACCAUAAUCUGAAGACCAUGCUGACUCACAAGGCGGUGGUGCUGGGCUACGCCAGGCCCAAGAAGGACAAGUCCAAGAGGAAGAGCAAGAGAGCCAAAGGACUCAAUGCUCGGCAGAAGAGGGCGAUGAAGAUCUUCCAGAUCAAGCCUGAACACCAGAGAUACGAGCUCUUCCUGCCUCUGCAUGAACUCUGGAGACAGUACGUCAUUGACCUGUGUAACGGAUUGAAACCAACGUGCAGUCCACAGUUUGUGCAGCAGAAGCUUCUGAAGGCAGACUUCCACGGUGCCAUCAUCACAGUGGUCCGCUCUAAAUGCCCGUCAUAUGUCGGCGCCACAGGGAUUCUAGUCCAAGAGUUUAAACACAUCUUCAAAAUUAUCACCAAAGAAGACAAACUGAAAGUGAUCCCGAAGAGGAACAGUGUGUUUGCAGUGGAGGUCAACGGCUUCGUCUCGCACAUCUACGGGAGCAAGUUUGAGCAGCGAGCCAGCGAGCGCUCCGCCAAGAAGUUCAAAGUGAGAGGAACCAUCGACUUGUGAGGUGUCACCACAGGACGCAGCAUGAUGCAGAGAGGCAUCAUCAGACUCCUACUGCCUUCUACUAGAAGACACAAAGAACUGCAACAACGGUGACCGAUGUGUCGAAGAUGCAUUGAGGUCAUCAAAAAUUAUAUUUCAGUUUUUGGUUCUGUUUACACCAAACCGAAUAUGGACGACUUUCACAAAUAGGUGUCACUUUAUAUUAAAGCCGAACUCCACCAUAAUGGCACUCUCAGUUUACUUGUCAUGGGGAGUACUAAUCAGCCAGUGAUAACAGCUGUAUAAUGUCCUCUGUGUAAGUAGCUUUGUCAAGUCUGAGAAAAUAACCCUGCUGGUGUUAUCAGGAACCUGAAAUUGACGUGAGGCGAUCAGCUAAAGAGGAGACGUCUCACUCUGUUGGAGUUGUGGGAACUACAGAAACACUCAGACUGAAGCGUGGUGUUACAGAGCGGAGCUUCCUCUGCUCCAAACGUCUUUGGCUGAGUGCAGAGUAGACACUGGCUCCAGAGACAGUAUUUAUUUAUUUAUUUUCAACCUAAUGUUUCUGAAAUUAAAUGCAUACUUUUUUUUAUCAUUUAAAAUUGUAUUGUACUCAGGCCUUUUUACGGCUGCUUCACGUUGAGACAAAAAAAAUGAAACUCAAACGUGAGAACUGAAGUUUUUUUUUGUUUUUUUUAAAAUUAAUUUUAAUAGAAAAACACGAUAAUUAAUCGUCAAACGUUCUCGACUCUUAAGUUUCAAACAACUGUUUCAGCAAACUAACUCUCAUGCGCUGCUCUGAAUAAACUGUUGCUUGAGUGCAUAACAGCAGUGAACCAGUCUCAGUCUUUAGCUCUCUGUGUUCUUUUUCAGACGUCUGCUCGCAGUGGAGUGAAGGAGUUUCUUUAGCUCUCGUUAACGGGUGCCAUUGAGCUGAUUCAUGACAUUUAAAGCGUAAAAAAUUAGCUCAUGUAGGCAGCCGGAUGGAGAAAAAUUAGUUUUAUUAUUUAUCGGGUAUUGUACAGAAGAGAACAAAGCAAACAUUUUGUUGUAACCACACAAGUAUACUGCACUCUUUUGUAACAGAAAAACGUGAAACAUGGCUGACUAUAAGCCGUGUAUCGUUGUCUGUGUAGUUAUCUGAACUCCUUCACCUGCUGCUGGGGAUGCCCAAGCAACUGAGUGCACGUUUUUUUCUCUCAAAUUCCUGGUUGUUUCCCAGACUGCCUCCUUUUCGAGAGAACCAGUCCAACCAGAUAUUGACACGGCUGACUUGGAGCAGUGUUUGCUUUGACAGAGCAGAAACAAUUUAUUUUUCUUUUCUUUUUUGCUGUUGAAAGAUAACUGUGUGGGUUUGCUAGAAAGGCGUACACACACACAGCGGUUUUACUCGGAUCAGAUUAUCUGAUUGAGAUUAAGACUGCAGAAUCCAGACUUUUCAGGUGCAUUGUGUGAAGAAAGACGAGAAUACAUCUCAAUAUAAUGCACAUAUCAGAAAGCCCCCUUUGCAACGCUCCUGGAGUACAUAAUGGAAGUGUUGCCAACGUGUAUUUUAAGUAUUGUGCAAUGCCAACUAACGCACCGAGAAGCCGUGUAAAAAAAGCUUCCUACCGGUAAUGUUUGUUUUUGUGUAAGAAUGAGGGUGGCAUCAAACUUUGGCAUCAGUUUCUUUCCUUCCCACCCAACGCCACUCCAACUGCUUGGCUGAGCAAAAACCACACCUGUUUGUGAAAUAUGAGCUCUUGUCUGUUUUACUCUGUAGUUUCUGGUAACGGUUGAAAAGAUCCCACUGCUCUUUGUUUUUUCACUUUUGUGUCUUACAAAUAUAUUUUGUGGCCACUAAACAGGUUAUUAUGACGUGUAUAUACCUCAAUAUCACAUAUUGUUGCCGAGAUGUUUAAAAAGGUGUAGAAUGCAAGUUUUUAGUCCGUCAGAACAUUCCCACCUGGAAGUCAAAUAGAUUCAGUCAAAUGACUGAUGUUAUAAAAUUGGCACAAAAGAAAGUUAUUUUGACGUACAUAAUACUGAUUACAUGUAAUCAGUUACUGCCCAACCAUGGAGAAAACACUCCACCUAUAUUAUUAAAGCAUCUUGUGACCAAAAGCGAUCCUGAAAGAGUCCUCAGCCGGGGCCACAACACCUCUGCGCUUCCUGACACCAAAGUAAAACACAAAGCGAGCGAUGGUGUUGACACCGUCUACUGAUCUUGCUGACAGUUUGCUCAAUUCUUUUUUUAUCUCCUUAGAUGAAAAUCUCGCGAACAAAAUAAUCCAAACAAAGAGUGCUUCUCAGUUAAUAUUCUUCAAGGCCAUUAUUUGAAUUCAUUCUUUUUGAUCGCUAAAUGCUAGAAGCAAAGUCUCUAAAGUCAUCGUUAUGAAUAUGAAAAGCUCCCAUAAAGCUGGUGCAGAUGAAGUCUGGAGCAAAAUUCCAAUAGCUAUUAUGAAUGAAAUUGAGCCUCCUGUUUACUCUGUCGACCUUGCUGUACUUUGUGUCUUUAAGUCUGGUGAUUAAAAGAUGAUGUGCACAAA